AUGAUCACGCGCAGACAGCUCCCGAAGGGGCUCGUGCUGCUGGCGCUAGCAGCAGUCUACACGCCAGCGUCGGUCGACGGCAAGUGCGUCAUGACGCAGACGUGUGUAAACCCCGACAACGUGCCCGACUACGACAAGUGCAUCCCUGAAGCGCACCCAGAGCCGCAAGAGCCGCAAGCGAUGACUGGAGGGAACUGGCCGCGUGUUGUCGGCGGUGGUAAGUGCAUCAGUGACGCAGACUGCAGUGACAAGGGCCGCUGCUUGGACAGCGCCUGUGUCUGUCGCCAAGACGGCAUGACGGCUGGCCCGUUCUGCGAUCAGUUUGCGAUCCAGUGCCCAGCGUACACGGCCAGUGCCUGCUGUUCGUGGCAGCAGAACCAGGCGAUGGCGGAGAACUUCAAGCUGCUGGCCAGUGUCUUUGCCAAGAACAGUGCCGGCGGCUGUGACGCCUGUGCGGCGAACCUCAUGAAGCUCUGGUGUGGUCUCGUGUGCUCGCCCGAGCAAGAUCAGUUCAUGCAACUGGCCCAUGCGUGGCCGAGUACGAGGUAUCGACCAGAUCCGCUGACAGGCAACGAACGAGUCAAAGUGCUGGAGCUCGUGGUGGCACUUGACAAGGACUUUACAUGUGCCGUGUUCGACUCGUGCAAGAACACGGCGAUGGCGUCAAUGGCGGCGGCAAUGAAGUCGUCGCUUGGGUUUCUCAACUACCAGAUGCAAGUCGGAGCGGUGGGCCAUGGCGAGUACAUGACCAUGCAGUUUAACGCCAGCAGAGACAGAUCGUUCGACACGAGCGUGUUGAAAUGCUCAAACUAUUCCAAUGUCGCGACGAUGCGCGCGACGCUACCUACGCAGGCUCAGUUGCUGGAGUCGAUCGUAUCCAAGUCGAUGGACGACAAGCAGUGUCCUUGCGGGGCAUGCCGUGCGACGUGUGACACACACAAUAGCGGACGCAGCCAUGUUCACGUCGUGGACAACCCGAUUUCCAUGUUCGCUGGCUUUAGUACGAAGCUCGUUACGGCUGUCUAUGGACUGCUCGUGGUGUUCUUAAUCGUUUGGAAAAAGUGGAAAAGUCGGUGA